AUGGCAUGUUGUUGUAAAUACAACUAUUUCUUUCUUCACUCGCAUUUCUUGUGGAGAAGAGUCCCAUUUCCCCGCCGUCGCGUUACCGGAACCGUCACCGCCAGUAGCUACUCUCGCAAUUUUCAAUCUCCGAAAUUGCUCAGUUCUUCACGCGCACCACUCUCGAAGGGCUAUUGUACUGAAACUUUAGAUUCGCGUGGAGAUGGAGUUGUUUCUGCAAGUUCUCAGAGCAAUGCAACAUUGGCUCCAGAAAUUAGUUAUGGAGCUGCUCCACCUGUGCAGCUUGGUUCUGUUAGAAAUGCGGAAGAUGCGGCGAACAUUGAUUCUUUCAAUGGCAGAGUUAUGCUCAUUGACGGCACAUCGGUAAUUCAUAGGGCAUACUACAAGCUUUUAGCGAAAUUGCACCAUGGUCAUCUAACACACGCUGAUGGAAAUGGGGAUUGGGUUUUGACGAUAUUUUCAGCACUGUCAUUUAUAAUUGAUGUUCUGGAAUUUAUCCCUUCCCAUGUGGUGGUAGUGUUUGACCAUGAUGGAAUUCCUUUUCGUCAUACUUGUAAUUCAUCAAAAGAAAGUUUUACUGCUAAAGGCCAGAACUUUAGGCACAAUCUAUACCCUUCAUACAAGAGCAAUCGGCCUCCUACUCCUGAUACCAUUGUUCAAGGACUUCAAUACCUCAAAGCAUCCAUCAAGGCUAUGUGCAUAAAAGUCAUUGAGGUUCCAGGUGUAGAAGCAGAUGAUGUGAUUGGAACAUUAGCCUUAAGGAGUGUUGAUGCUGGGUACAAGGUACGAGUUGUCUCCCCAGACAAAGACUUUUUUCAGAUUCUAUCUCCGUCGUUACGUCUCCUAAGACUUGCUCCACGUGGUGAUGAGGUGGUUUCAUUUGGAGUUGAGGACUUUGAAAAGCGAUAUGGAGGUCUGAAACCAUCCCAGUUUGUGGAUAUGAUUGCACUUUCUGGUGACAGAUCUGAUAAUAUUCCAGGAGUUAAUGGGAUUGGAGACACUUAUGCUGUGCAAUUGAUCAGUAAAUUUGGCACAUUGGAGAGGUUGUUGGAAUCUGUUGAUCAAAUCAAAGAGGAUCGCAUUAGAAAGACCUUAAUUGAAAAUGCCGAGCAGGCUCGAUUAAGCAAGGAAUUGGCAUUGUUGCGUUCUGAUCUCCCAUCCUACAUGGUACCAUUUGCUGUAAAAGAUCUCUUGUUUCAUAAACCCGAGGAUAAUGGCAGCAAAUUCAACAGCCUUUUAACAGCUAUCAGUGCUUACGCAGAAGGGUUUUCAGCUGAUCCUAUCUUAAGGAGAACAUUUCGUCUGUGGGAAAAGUUAGAUUCAAGGUGA